AUGGUGGGUGCAAAGGCCAUCACAAGCUCCAGCAUGGCACAGCAGCGCGAUGGAGUCAACAGUGUUACAGCCAAUUCUUGCUUCUAUCAGGUAUCCUGCUGUGGCCCUGCUCCAUGUACCAACUGCUGCCACUCUAGGUGGCCCUAUCUCAGAGAGUCCACUUGUAGCCGCCUCUUCUACAUCCUCCUACAUGUGGGAACUUCAGCUGUCUGCUGCCUCCUGCUGUCAAGAACAGUAGUGGAAAAAGUCUGGGGCAAAGGACAUGGGAUCCAGAUGCCAUCAGAGAUAUGUGCCCACCUAUUUGGUCACUCUGCUUGUCCAGUGCUCAGUGGCUCUGGGGCUGUGUAUAGAAUAUGUGCAGGAACUGCCACCUUCCACCUGCUACAAGCUGUGCUGCUAGUCCACCUCCACUCCCCUAAUAGCCCACGGGCCCAGCUGCAUAACAGCUUCUGGCUCCUCAAGUUGCUAUUCCUACUAGGUCUCUGUGCAGUGGCCUUCUGUAUCCCCGAUGAGCACCUCUUUCCAGUCUGGCAUUACAUUGGCAUUUGUGGAGGAUUCACUUUCAUCCUGUUGCAACUGGUGCUCAUCACAGCCUUUGCUCAUUCCUGGAACAAGAAUUGGGAGACAGGUGCAGCCAACGACUGCGGCUGGUUUCUAGCAGUGCUGCUGGCCACCCUGGGCUUCUACAGCAUAGCAGGUGUAGGAGCUGUGCUCCUCUUCCGCCACUACACACACCCGGCUGGCUGCCUCCUCAACAAGAUGCUACUUAGUCUACACCUUUGCAUCUGCGGUGUCCUCUCCUUGCUCUCCAUGGCUCCCUGCAUCCGUCUCAAGCAAACCCGUUCUGGCCUUCUACAAGCCUCUAUCAUCAGCUGCUAUAUCAUGUAUCUGACAUUCUCUGCACUGUCCAGCCGUCCUCCAGAGAGAGUAAUCCUUCAAGGACAGAAUCACACUCUGUGCCUACCUGGCCUAAGUAGCAAAGGAAUUCAGACACCAGACAACUCUCUGGCAGUACUGAGUGCUGGCAUCAUGUAUGCUUGUGUACUUUUUGCCUGCAAUGAAGCUUCCUACCUGGCAGAGGUAUUUGGGCCCUUAUGGAUUAUCAAAAUUUACAACUAUGAGUUUCAGAAGCCCUCUCUCUGUUUUUGCUGCCCCCAAAGAAUGGAGCCAGAGGAAGGGCCAAGGAGUAGGGCUGUCAGGCCAAUUGACCAAGAGUCUCCUCCAGUGCAAGUCCAGCAUCUUUCCUACAGCUACUCUGCCUUCCAUUUUGUCUUCUUCCUUGCAUCACUCUACGUCAUGGUUACGCUUACCAACUGGUUCAGCUACGAGGGAGCAGAACUGGAGACGACUUUCACCAAGGGUAGCUGGGCUACCUUCUGGGUCAAAGUUGCCUCAUGCUGGGCCUGUGUAUUUCUCUAUCUGGGGAUGCUACUGGUCUCCAGUCUGGAUUCUUCUAAACAGAGUCUCCCCUGA